GCUCGACCUGUCUUCCCAAAAUCUUAUCGCUACCCCCAGGUUCAUAAGGAAGAAGUUACAAAGCAAAUUGGUAAAAUGCUCGAUCAAAAUAUCAUUCGCCCCUCGACGUCUCCUUGGUUUUCCCCCGUAUGGGUCGUACCCAAAAAACUUGACGCCUCUGGAGAACAAAAAUGGAGAGUGGUGAUUGAUUACCGCAAACUCAAUGAGCUCAGCGUUGGAGACAAGUAUCCUCUUCCGAAUUUUUCCGAUCUUCUCGACCAGUUAGGGAAAUGUCAGUACUUCACUACGCUCGAUCUCGCUUUAGGGUUUCAUCAGAUCGAGAUAAAUCCAGACGACAUUCCCAAGACAGCUUUUUCUGUAGAAAAUGGUCAUUUUGAAUUCGUCCGAAUGCCAUUUGGCCUGAAGAACGCUCCAUCUACCUUCCAGCGAGUUAUGGACAACAAUCUUCUUGGUAUCCAGAACGAACGCUGCUUGGUUUACAUGGACGACAUAAUAAUUUAUUCGCCUACUAUUCAUGAGCACAUCGCUAGACUGAGGUUUUUAAACGUCUUCGUAAGGCAAAUUUAAAAAUUCAGCCUGACAAGUGCGAAUUUCUUAGGAAGAAAGUCGCUUAUUUGGGACAUCUCAUCACCCAGGACGGCGUUAAACCCAAUCCUGCUAAAAUUGAGCGUAUCCAGAAAGUUUCCCAUUCCUACCACCACCAAGGAUGUCAAAUCUUUCUUAGGUCUUGCGGGAUAUUACAGACGCUUAAUUCCUAAUUUCGCCAAAAUCUCAAAACCUCUGACGACUCUUUUACAGAAAGACACUUCUUUUAAAUUUGAUUCUGAGUGUAUGAAUUCAUUUAAAGAUCUUAAAAAGUCUCUUGUAUCCGAUCCAAUUCUUAUAUAACCAAACUUUGAGGAAACGUUUGCUCUGACAACCGAUGCUAGUGCCUUCGCUAUUGGAGCUGUACUCUCACAAGGACCUGUAGGAAAGGACCUCCCAAUAGCCUAUGCAUCAAGGACUCUCUGUAGUGCCGAGACGAGAUACUCCACUAUAGAAAGAGAACUCUUAGCCAUCGGGCUGUGAAACAUUUCCGCCCAUAUCUCUACGGUCGUAAGUUUCUUCUAAUUACUGAUCAUCGUCCUUUGACUUGGCUUUUCUCAAUCAAGGAUCCCGGCAGUAGAUUAGCUCGUAGGCGCCUAAAACUAGAGGAGUACGACUAUAAAAUCGAAUAUAAGCCUGGUAAAAUAAACAAAAAUGCGGAUGCUCUUUCAAGGGUAAAAAUUAAUCAUGUCAAGGAUUGUAUAGAUCUUCAAUCAAACAUUACUAUCCAUGCCGCCAAUGAAGACCAGCCCUCUACUAGUAAAGAAACACCUCCUUCAAAAUGAAGAUGACGAUAAAGAAAUAACCCAAGACUACAAUAGAUUCGUAAAUUUAUACAGUACUCAGUCGAUUAUUGAUUAUUCAAAAAUCGAAAUUUCUAAUUCACAACCUUUAGACAAAUCACACAAAAACAUCGUAAGUUUCUUUUGUCAAACUAAACUCGAAGAUCUUCAUUAUAAAAUAAUAGACGAUUUACUCGAAGAGAAUAUCGAAUUUGAAACUCAUAAAGUUAAUAUCCUGUCAAGCACAAGUGUAAAAAAUCGAAAAUAUUUUAUUUUUCUUUUGCCAGCUAAUAAAGAUUUAAUUGCUCAACACCUUUUCUACGCUCUUUACACGUGCAGUAAUGUAUUUGACCUUACUCAAACUUAUUGUGUUGAAAAUAAUCUUAACCUACCGGUUCUCGAAUUAUUUUCGUAUAUCUUUACCGACAAAGAUAUUAAAUUAAGAAUAUGUCAAGGCAUCAUUUUAACACCAGAUCAAGACCAAAUCCCUAUCAUCUUAGAUCAAUACCACACAGGGAAAAAUAAUCUACACCGUGGCAUAAACGAAACAGUCAGGCGUAUAAAAGAAGGAUAUACCUGGCCUGGUUUAACUCGCGAUGUAGAAGUUUUUAUAAAAAAAUUUGAUAUUUGUCAAAAGGUAAAAAUUUAUAGAAAAAAUCUUAGUACUCCCCUUGUAAUCACUGAAACCCCCAAAACACCGUUUGAAAGAAUAAACAUAGAUCUUUUUGAAUAUCCGAUUAGAAAUUAUGCAUUAACUAUUAGGGACGAAUUAACUAAAUUCACGCAAGCCUACCCCCUACUAGAUAAAAAGGCAUCUUCUGUAGUUAAUACAAUAUUAAUAUUUUUUCAACACUACGGUACCCCUUUGCGGAUCCAUUCUGACCAAGGGCGAGAAUUUUAUCAAUAGCCUUUUAAAAGAUCUUUGUAAACUUUAUGAUAUCAAACUAACGUUUUCCAGUGUAAGCCACCCCUAGUCAAAUGGCUCGCUUGACAGAUUUCACGCGACUGAACUGAUUAGAGCCCAUAGCGCUGAACACCCUGAUGAAAAUCCUUUUAAUGUUCUGCCGUAUGCGGUAAUCUGCUACAACAACACUAAAAAUAAAACUCAUGGGUUUACACCCUACGCGCUUAUUUUUGGACACACGUCCAGUAGACCACCGGAAACCUUAUACAAGAAGAAAUAUGUCCGAGAUUUAAAUAAUCGUAUGGAAUAUUAUUACAAACUCGCUCACUCUCGAACUAACGACAAGAAAGAAAAAGCUAAAAUUCGAUUUGACCGCAUUGUAAAUAGAAAUAAAUCAGAAUAUCAAGUAGGACAAAAAGUUUAUAUCAAAGAGUCGCAAAUAACCACCAAAGCGCAAAACCUCUUUAAUGGCCCCUUCGAAGUGUUAGAAGUUUAUCAAAAUUCUGCAAAAUUGAAAAAUUUAACAACUAAUCAGACUUCUAAAGUCAAUUUUGAUUGUUUGAAGCCAUACUAUGACUAGAACAGUCCUAUUUUAUUUCAGAUUUCUUUUGCUGAUCCCAGCAGCGGUCACUCAAUUCCUGCUUAUGCCUGUAAAUAACACGGUUGGUAUAUUUUUCCACGAAGAAGAAAAAGUAAGAGUGUCGAAUAAUAAAUGGACCUUGCUUGUGUACAAAGACUUAGAGCCCUUAAGGCAAGCUAUUAAUCAUAAUGAUAAGUUACUUUCUAUCCUCUCUGACCUAACGGCUGACUUUUCUUCCCGUAUUACCGCCUUUAAAAGUAUUGUUCAAACUCAUUUUAGUCUUCUUUCAAGAAUCGCUGACUCUGUUAAUCUUAAAUUGUCAGAAGUUACGGCUGAUACUAAAGACUAUACCUAUCCAAUCAAACGCGGAUUAAUAAACGGAAUAGGUAGUAUCUUUAAAUCAAUAACCGGCAACUUAGAUUCGUCUGACGGCGAAUAUUUUAAUGAAUGCAUAGACAAAUUAUCGCACGAUGAACGAGAACUUGAAACCCUGUUAAAAAACCAAAUAUCGGUAACGACGUCAGUUAUUAAAAGUUUUAAUUUAACCAUACAAAAAAUUCAAAUAGAUGAAUUAACAUUCAAUCACGAUAUUGAAGAAAUAAAAACAUCAAUGAUAGACAUUUCAGAUACAUUGAAGUUUUAUGAAAGUCUAGUAAAAACUUUAGAGCUUUGCGAGUUUUUAAUGGAAAGUUAUGUUUAUUUGGAAAGUUAUUUAAAUGAUCUUUUAAACUCCGUAACGUUUGCUCGCCCAAAGAUUUUACAUAGCUCAAUCAUAAACCCAAGGGAUUUGAUUAAU